AUGCGAGUCGCGAGUCUCCUCGCGAAACAUCUACUUCGACUGGGACAACAGAAGCCAAGCAUCCAGCUGAGGUGUCGUUCUGCGGGGCAGAACUCAUUGACAACAUUAGACAUGAUGCGGAGAGGUCAGAUCAAGCGAGUCCUCUGCGUAGCCGAGAAGAAUGAUGCAGCUAAAGGCAUCUCCGAAAUCAUGUCCAAUGGCAGAUCUAUGAGGAGAGAAGGAAUGUCCAAGUUUAAUAAGAUCUAUGAGUUUGAAUGUCAUCUGUUUGGUCAGAAUGUGAUGGUAUCAAUGACAUCAGUUUCAGGCCAUUUACUGGCUCAUGAAUUCAAAGCUCCUUAUCAGAAGUGGCACAGCUGCAAUCCAGUGCUGUUGUUUGAUGCUGAAAUAGAGAAGUUUUGUCCAGAUGCUAUGAUACAAAUUAAGCACACACUGGAAAGGGAGGUGAGACAAUGCCAAGCCUUAAUUAUCUGGACUGACUGUGACAGAGAAGGGGAAAACAUUGGAUUUGAAAUCCUUGAUGUCUGUAAAGCAGUGAAGCCUAACUUGCAAGUGUUUCGGGCAAAGUUUUCUGAAAUCACCCCCAACUCCAUUCGGAGAGCAUGUGAGACUCUAUCUGAGCCAGAUGGUAACAUCAGCGAUGCCGUUGAUGUCCGCCAAGAGCUCGACCUGAGGAUAGGAGCAUCCUUCACCCGAUUCCAAACCCUUCGCCUACAGAAGAUCUUCCCGCAGUCUCUGGCCAAUCAGCUCAUCUCUUACGGCAGCUGCCAGUUUCCCACUUUGGGUUUUGUGGUGGAGCGUUUCAAAGCCAUCCAAGCGUUCAUUCCUGAAACUUUCUACAAGAUCAAGGUGCUGCAUGAGGUGGAGGAGGACACUGUAGAGUUUGGGUGGAAAAGAUACCGUCUCUUCAACCACACAGCAUGCUUAGUGCUCUACCAGAUCUGCAUGGAGGAUCCCAUGGCAACAGUCACCUCAGUAACCAGUAAGCCCAAGAGCAAAUGGAGACCGCUGCCUUUGGACACUGUGGAACUGGAAAAAUUGGCAUCUCGAAAACUGAGAAUAAGUGCUAAAGAAACAAUGAAAAUUGCAGAAAAACUUUACACACAAGGGUUCAUCAGCUACCCCCGCACAGAAACAAACAUUUUCCCAGAAUCCCUUGCUCUCAGCCCCUUGGUGGAACAACAGACACAGAGUCCCAACUGGGGGGCAUUCGCCCAGCGGGUGCUUGACCAGCCUGGGGGUCCCAACCCACGACAGGGCAAAAAUUCUGACCAAGCCCAUCCCCCUAUACACCCCACUAAAUACACAAGCACACUGCAGGGAAAUGAAGAAUGUGUGUAUGAGUUCAUUGUCCGGCACUUCCUGGCUUGUGUGUCUCAAGAUGCCUUAGGGCAGGAGACUAUUGUGGAUAUAGACAUCGCGCAGGAGAAGUUUUCCACUUCAGGACUCAUGAUCAUUGCAAGGAAUUACCUAGAUGUUUAUCCUUAUGACAGGUGGAGUGCUAAGGUGAUUCCAGUGUAUGAACAAGGUUCCCAAUUCCAGCCCACUGCCAUUGAGAUGACUGACGGUCAGACAAGUCCACCACAGCUGCUCACUGAAGCCGACCUUAUCGCACUAAUGGAGAAACAUGGCAUUGGCACCGAUGCAACACAUGCUGAGCACAUCGAAACAAUAAAAAGUCGAAUGUACGUGGGUUUGACAGCUGACCAGAGGUUUCUCCCUGGGGAGCUUGGCAUGGGACUAGUGGAAGGUUACAAUGCCAUGGGCUUUGAAAUGUCAAAACCCCACCUACGGGCUGAAUUAGAGGCAGACCUCAAGCUGGUAUCAGAGGGAAGGAAGGACAAACAUAGUGUGUUGCAGCACCACAUCCAGAAAUACAAGGCUGUCUUCAUUGAGUCAGUUAAGAAGGCAAAGAAGUUAGAUGAAGCUCUGUCGCCAUAUUUGGGCGCUGCUCAGGAGAUGACUGAAACUGAGCAACAAGACAUGGAGAUACCACUGCCUGUCAGGAAGUGUCCCCACUGUGGACGGGACAUGGUGCUGAAAAAAAAAAGGGAAGGCAACAGUAAGUUCCUGUCCUGUGUGGGCUUCCCAGCCUGCAAAACAGCUGUAUGGUUUCCUGACACGGUGCUGGAGGUCAGCCGAGAUGACAGUAUUUGUUCCACUUGCCAGCCACGCCCAGUUCACAUGUUAAAGUUGAAGUUCCGUAGGGGUAGCCUUCCCGCCAUGAUGCCUUUAGAUUUUAUAGGCUGCAUUGGUGGAUGUGACGACACACUCCGAGAAGUCCUGGACCUUAGAUAUCUCUAUAGAGGUGGAGGGGGAGGAGGAGACGGCACCCAUCCAAAUGCCCAAAGACCAGAACUGUCCCGAGCGCAGAGUUCAAACCCGAGGACUUGCGCUCCACCUCCUGCCCUCUCUUGGACGCCACAGCCUCGUCCACCACCAGGGAGCAAUAGUAUCAGCGCCCUUAACAACAGUGAUGUUGUUGUGUGUAACUGUGGUCAAGAUGCAAUCCUGCUGACUGUGCGCAAAGAAGGCCCCAAUAAAGGACGUCAGUUCUACAAGUGCAAUUCAGGGACUUGCAAUUUCUUUCUGUGGGCGGAUCAGCCGAGCCAGCAGGUGGCACCGCAGAAUCACUGGCCACCUCCGCCACCUCCGCCAGGAAUCUCCCACCCUCCGCUGCAAUCUCUGGGGUUCAGAAACGCUGCCGAAGGAGGUGGCAAUGGGCCUGAGAGAGGUGCCGGAGGUUCAAUGUGUGACUGUAACGAGGCCACCGUGAUGCGUGUUGUGCAGAAGGAGGGGCCCAAUAGGGGAAGGAUGUUUCACACCUGUGGGAAACCGAGAGAUAAGCAGUGCAACUUCUUUCAGUGGGCUGAUGAAAAUGUCUCACCACAAGGUGGCUUCGGAAGCAGUGGUUUCAAUAACAGCAGAGGAGGCGGGAAAAGGGACAAGACAAGAAUGGCGGAGAAACCAUCCGCUGCCAAAAAACCUCGUUCCUGCGGUAUUUGCCACAUGCCAGGACACACGCGGCUAAAAUGUCCUCAGCGGUGA